AUGACACCUACGCCUGUACCUCCUGUCCAGCCCGAUGAGCAUCAGUAUUGGACAGAUGCCAUUCUCUGUGAGGAAACCCGAGCCAGACUGGAACACUUUCGAAGUCAAGGAUGGCUCCCUCCCAAUUUCAAACCGAAGACAUUGGAAGGCAUCGCUGUUGUUGAGCGUUACUGGCGAAAGUUCUGCAUUCAAUCGGAAGAAGACUACGUCGAAUAUCUACUCUCGGAGGAUCAGACGAUUUACAUGAACUUCUUUGACUGGAUGUUCAGAACCUCGCGAACGAAGGUUCUCCAGUCAUACGAUGAAUACUGGCGUCGCCUAUGUCAAUACUUCAGUCUGUUCGCCCGCCGUCGUGUCAAUGAUGCGUUCCUGGACAAUGCUUUCCCGGCCGAACGCAAGAUUGCCCGACGGACGAAACAAAAGAACACAUUGGACGUGGACGUCUUCUGUGUGACGUAUCGUCAUCACUGGGUUCAUUCGAGAUUUUUCCGACACGGAAGUAUGAUCGUCCAAUUCGCCACAGUUCAACUCUGGUCCGCCAUCACCGGGACCCGUCCUGGUGUUCUGCUUCCACAAAAUAGCUCCCUGCCAGGAGAGUCGUCCUCGGAGAAACGCAACCAAGGCCCAGUGUUUCAAAGCGAUCUUCCUAAGUACAAGUCUUUGAAAGAACUCCCAGACUCUGUUUGCUACCGAGAUAUUGAGCUCUUCUAUUUGAAAGACCGUGAAAGUAAUCGGGAUGUGCUGUGCGCUGUUAUUGAGUUUCGCAAUCUCAAAGGUCGGCCAGAAGGUGCCGAUGGAACCAAGUUUUUCAUGCAUGGAAAUUACCAACUGGCAUAUUGUCCCAUUGCGCAAAUUGUCUCAUUUGCCUUUCGUGACGGUGCAUUCGAAAACAAGCUGACACCAGAUCUCAUCUGGCGGCUGCGAGUUCCAAAACGGAGUGGGUCUCUUCCCCUACGCUGGAAGCCAGAGGUCCUCGAUAUCCCCCUUCUUCGCCGCCUUGAGCGCACUCCUUACGGCUACGAGCUACACAAGACAUUGCCAAUGACCUAUAACUCAUCUCGACAAGCGCUCCGAGAGUUGGGACGCGAUGCCAAAUUCGAAGACGAUAUUGGACACUAUAACUACCGGGGCUGGGCUGCAAAUGAAGUGAAUAAGCAUUUCACAAGUCAGGAACGGCAACGGGUACUUGGACAGUCUGGCGAUGCUGUUUUUGAAAGGCACUACCAAUCCCAGUUCAUCGCCCGUGAUCUUCAGCAUGUUGUCCUCCUUCGACCGUCCCAGGAGAACCUUUUACGAGUCGCUGGAAGUAUGCUUAGGAAAAGAGAUCCAUUAGCCACUUCUGGCCUUACUGAUGUACACAAGCGUGCCAUCUGCCAAAGCCCAGAGAUUUUGCAUCUCCGACGAGAGAAGAGAGAGCUUAUGGCAGAGAUGCGAGCCCUUGCUGGUACCGUUAAGAAUGCUCAAAAGUCCUUCCCACACCUUUAUCAAAGACAUCAAGCUGUCAACAAAGAACUGUCCAAACUUCGCAAAGCUUUGACCACCGAUACCCAAGAGGCAGCCAGAAAGGACUAUUUCCGUAACGCACCUGUACUCGAAGUCGACAAACAGAUCAAACAACUUCUCGGAGAAUCUGACGGUACUGACAGUUCUGACGAUGAAGACUGGGAGUUGCCUACACCUGAAUAUACUUUCUCCGAACGGGCACGGCUCGUGGAGAAUUUUUACGGGCCCGACGCAGAGAAAUUUGAAGAGGCCAAGCUACUCGCACGGCGUAUCCAGGUUACCAAGGAUAUGGUUGCGCUCCUAGGCCUCUGUAAACCCAGCAGGCGAGGCAACCGUAUUAACUGGAAGUUUGAUGAGAAUGAUAGCCCUCUUGAUGAGCCAGACGAACCCUCAUCUCCUGAGGAAACCCAUCUCGAAUGCCCAACAGACGUCUGCAUUGUUUGCUAUAGUGAAUCUCGUCGCUCAGCGUCCAACCCUCCUCCGCACAGGUUUCCUUCCAAGCGACCGGACUCUCUUCGUCGUCAUCUUAUCGACUUCCAUCUGGUUCAUGCGCAUAACGGGAUCAGUUGCAAUUGGGAAGCUUGUCGCAGCCUCCCUAAGUUCGCCAAAAUCACCGAAUUUCUGGCCCACGCCAACAAUAAGCACAAGUACGAUCUCAAGAUUAAACUGUGUUAUCUCCCCAGAGUGCCACUGCUUAGCCCGAGCGAUUUUCCUUCCAGAGACGCGUCUACGGAGUCAGAGACUCGGCAAGGCACCGAAACACCCGCCUCCUCUCUCGAUUUUGAUAUGGCAAAUAUCGACCCUCGGCUGAUGGAAACCGACACUAUGACAGUCAUGGAGCCUUCAACCUGCUCACCAAGCGCUGAAAUCCCCGCCUCUGCUGGUGAUCCAGUGUCUAGCACCGAUUCAAACUUAACGGAGACUUCUACGCGGCGAGUGACGAGGGGAGCAGCAAAGGUGGCAAAUCUGGAACCUAGGCCUCAGCUUCCAUCACAGCAUGCGACGCGAUCCUCUCGAAAACGUGGGCGCCUAGAGGAGCAGCCUGGCGGGGAGCAGAAGGGGAGAGGGCGACCAGGCAAAAUGAAAGCGUCUACUAUCGAACAUAUGCCACGUCGGUCAAAGCGAUUACGAGCUCGGUGA